UUUGAUAGAACAAAAUGGCCUAAGAAAAGGAUCGGUAGACGUGAAAUUCGAGAAUUGAUUAUAAAAAUCGAAGUACUUAUUGAAAUUUGUUCCAAAAUAAUCAUUUUAAGUUGCGAAGUAGUUCCUGAGGAUAUCAAAAUGACUUCAAGUCGGCGUGUUUCUUACUUUUAUGACCCUGAUGUUGGUAAUUUUCAUUAUGGAAGCGGUCAUCCAAUGAAGCCUCACAGACUCUCACUGACACACGACCUUGUUAUAAACUAUGAACUUUUUAAAAAGAUGGAAGUUUAUAGACCUUAUCAUGCUUCAGUUCAUGAUAUGUGUCGCUUUCAUUCAGAAGAUUAUAUCAAGUUUUUACAGAGAGUUACAGCCAAAAACGUUCAUGAAUUCGCGGGGUCUUUGUCAAAGUUCAGUGUUGGAGAAGACUGUCCCGUUUUUCCAGGAAUCUUUGAGUUUUGCUCUAUAUAUACUGGAGCUUCCCUUGAAGGUGCAGUGAAACUGAAUCAGAAAGCUUGUGACAUUGCAAUUAAUUGGGCUGGUGGGCUACAUCAUGCAAAGAAGUUUGAGGCUUCUGGGUUUUGCUAUGUUAAUGAUAUUGUAAUUGCUAUACUUGAGCUUCUUAAAUACCACCCAAGAGUCCUUUAUAUUGAUAUAGACAUACAUCAUGGUGAUGGAGUGCAAGAGGCAUUCUACUUGACUGAUCGUGUGAUGACAUUGUCCUUCCACAAGUAUGGCAAUAUGUUUUUUCCAGGAACGGGUGACAUGUAUGAGGCAGGUGCAGACGACGGGAAAUUUUAUUCAUUGAAUGUGCCCUUAAAAGAUGGAAUAGAUGACCAGGGAUACAUUCAGUUGUUUAAACCCACAGUUGAAGCUGUAAUAGAUAGGUAUAGACCUACAUGCAUUGUAUUACAGUGUGGUGCUGAUUCCCUUGCAUUGGAUCGCCUUGGCUGUUUUAAUCUAAAUAUUAAAGGACAUGGAGAGUGUGUUCGCUUUGUUAGUUCAUUUAAUAUACCUAUGCUUGUUCUUGGUGGUGGUGGCUACACAAUACGUAAUGUUGCUCGCUGCUGGACUUAUGAGACUUCCAUUUUAGUAGAUGAAACUGUCAGUGAAAAAAUUCCAUCAAGUGCAGGAUACCUAGAGUACUUUGGCCCUGAUUAUUCACUAUGCCCUGAAAUGAGUGGAAGUUUCCCAAAUGCAAAUACACGACAGUACCUUGAUAACAUCAAACAGACAAUUAUGGAUCAUUUGAAGUGCAUGACUGCCGCUCCAAGUAUUCAAAUGCAGGAAGUUCCACCAGAUCUGUUAAGCCUAGAACUGAAUACCGAACCUAAUCCUGAUACACGUAUUUCACAGGAAGAAGAAGAUUCAAGAAUUGAUGCUGCUAAUGAAUUUUAUUCAGGAGACGCUGAUAAUGAUAAAGAUACAGAAUAUCUUGAAGUCUUAUAGACUUGCAUCUUGGCUAAAAAGCUAUUUUUAAACCUGAUAGAUUUGUACAUAAAAUGAGAUAAUAUUUUGAUAAUCUCAGAUUAAGAUA